AUGGUUGGGGUUGUCAGGGAAAUGACAAAACUUCCGGGAGGACCUUCAUUUCGCCUUUUAGGUCCUAUUUGUCUUGGUAUAGUAGCGUUUCCACUCGCUUUGGAUUCUGCAAAAGAGCUGUAUUGGACUAUUAGGAUGAAGAAACUAAAUAUGGAUGAAAUUCUUUCUGAUAGGUUCACUUGGUUACACCACUCCAUUAUUAGUGAUGAGAUUGAUAGAACUCUUCUUAAGCAAUCGUUGACGAAGUUGAAGGACUUGUAG